GGUGCUUGCGCAUGCGCAUGCGCGCUGCUGUUCCCCCUGCCCGGAGCCUGCGGCCUGUUCCCGGGAGCGGGAGAGCGGUGACAGGCCCCGUGUCCCGGCCCCAGCCCCAAGGGGAGAGCCCCCCCACCCUCACCCCGCCCCGACCAUGAAGCGGCGAGCCCCGGGCUCUGUCCCGGACCUGGGGCCCCCCUGCAGCCGGAGGAGGAUUGAGGAGCUCGGACUGAACCUCAGCUCAACCUCCGAGGAGGAGGCCGCGGCUCCGGACAGAGGCCGGGAAAGGGACAGCAGUGAUGAUGCAGACAGUGACAAUGAUGGGUAUCGGCCCGUGUUUGGGGCUGUUAGUGAUGGAUGUGUGCCCCCGACUGAUCCAUCGACAGACACUCUGUCCAACAAGUACUCCAUGUACAACAGCGUCUCUCAGAAACUGAUGGUGAAGAUGGGUUACCGUGAAGGGGAAGGUCUGGGGAAAUUUGGCCAGGGGCGGAAGGAGAUCGUCGAGGCCUCGUUACAGCGAGGACGCAGAGGGCUCGGACUCAAAAUCAAAGGCUUUGAUGGAGACCUGGAUGUGGAUUGGCACGAAGAGACCGAGCCUAGUGCUUAUGAGCAGGUGGAAUGGUUUCCAGAAUGUUCCUCUGAGAUUCCGCCGCUGACAGAGCUGCGAUCGUGGAUGACUGUGGACAAGCGGAAGAUGGAAAUCGAGGAUGAGACGGAAUUCUGUGACCAAACCCUUCUCAGCAACGUCCUGCGCUGCAAGAGUGUGUUUGAUGAGUUGGAGGGUGAGGAGAUGCGCCGGGCCCGGACUCGCUCCAACCCUUACGAGACCAUCCGCGGAGUGUUCUUCCUGAACAGAGCUGCGAUGAAGAUGGCCAACAUUGACCAUGUGUUUGACAGCAUGUUCACCAACCCGCGGGAUUCGCUCGGAAAGCCCUUGCUGCGGGAUAAGGACACUGAGCUGCUAUACUUUGCGGAUGUGUGUGCUGGGCCUGGGGGAUUCUCGGAGUACGUCCUCUGGAGGAAGCGAUGGCAUGCCAAGGGCUUCGGGAUGACUCUGAAAGGACCCAACGAUUUCAAAAUGGAGGACUUCUUUGCUGCAUCAAGUGAACUCUUUGAGCCGUAUUAUGGUGAAGGUGGUGUGGAUGGUGAUGGUGAUGUCACACGCCCGGAAAAUAUCACGGAAUUCCGUCGCUUUGUCUUGGAGAAUACCGACUGGAAAGGAGUUCACUUCCUCAUGGCUGAUGGGGGUUUCUCGGUGGAGGGACAGGAAAAUCUGCAGGAGAUCCUCAGCAAACAGCUGCUGCUGUGUCAGAUCCUGAUGGGACUGAGUGUCAUCCGGACAGGUGGCCAUUUUGUGUGUAAGACCUUUGACCUGUUCACCCCGUUCAGCGUGGGCCUGAUCUACCUGCUGUACCUGUGUUUUCAGCGCGUUUCCCUCUUCAAACCUGUCACCAGCCGCCCUGCCAACUCUGAACGGUACGUCGUGUGCCGCGGGCUGAAGUCAGGGACAGAGGCCGUGCGUGAUUACCUCUUCACUGUCAAUCUGAAGCUGAAUUUACUGAAGUCCAGUGAGCAGGAUGUGAGCAGUGUGGUCCCCCUCAGCAUUCUCAAAUCAGACAGCAGCUUCUACAAUUCCAUGCUGCAAUCAAACGAGCGGUAG